AUGAGUCAGUCUGGUGCCAAUCUUGUUGACCUGCCGAAUGAGAUAUUGGUUAUUAUAUUUAAAAAACUUGAUAAUAUUAACGUUUUACAUUCAUUAUUCUCCGUUAUUAAUGAACGAUUUGACAGUGUACUGGAAGGUAAUCAUUUCACGAACACUCUUAAUUUGGUCUCAAUAUCAUCAACUGAUGAUGAUAUUUGCUCACUUGAUGAUUCGAUACUUGAUCGUUUUUGCAUUAAUAUUUUACCAAAAAUUCAUCAUAAUGUCAAACAUCUUACUCUCGAAUCAAUGUCUAUGGGACGUAUUCUUUGUGCUGGCACCUAUCCAAAUUUAACUUCCCUCAAAUUAUUUAAUUUCGAACAAGCGAUCGUUUUAUGUUAUUGUAAAGAUGAAUCAAUCUUUCGACAUAUUUUCCAAGAUCAAAUAACCGAACUUAUUCUUCAAAAUAAUGAUAACAAUAGUCAUGAAAGAUUAUUGAAAGAUUAUACUGAAACAGUAUAUGUAUUUAUCCUGAGUUUCUUUAAAAAUUUAAAUCAUUUAAGUAUUAUUGAAUCAUCCAUUACUGACUAUCCACCUGUGUCAAUAUCUCAUUCACCAUCAACGGCUUUUUCUUCCGAGAUUCUUACAAAAUUAUGUAUUGAUGUCUUUACCUUUGAUGAUUGUCUUUAUUUACUCGAUGGUCGUCUUAAACAAUUAAUAACAUUCAUUGUUCGAAUUUAUCAUAUAAAGAAUUUUUCAUCGAUCACUCACAAAACCAAUGAUGCUUUAUCUAAUUUAAAAUAUUUCUCAUUAACAUGUUAUCGUGAAACUGAAUCAUAUGAUAAUCGAGUGAUACCUCUUCUUCGCCGUAUGACACAUCUGGAAAAAUUAACUUUGUACCUUCGUCUCAAGCAUCGAUCCACAUUUGUUGAUGGUACUCAUCUUCAUAACGAAAUUCUUAUGCAUAAACCACGACUCGAUACAUUCUUUUUUUAUAUUAGUACUGAGAUUGAUAUCGAUGCUUUAGUUCACCGUUUAUCUGAUAAUGAUAUUCAACAAACUUUUAUUAAUAUAGAUUAUCACGAAACGGCUUGUACUGUAAACUAUUUUAAAUCCAAAGCGAUAUGUCAUGUGUUCUCACUUCCGUUCGUAUUUGAUCACCUCGAAAACAUCACCAAUAAGUUUCCAAGUAUGACAUUUGAUCAUGUUACUUGUCUGACAGUAACUGAUGAGAUUCCAUUUAAUCAUAACUUCUUUAUUCGAAUUGCUAAAGCUUUUCCAUCGAUGAAAUAUUUGUGUAUUCACAAUGUUAUGUCGCCAUUAUGCAGUUUUGGUCAAUAUAAAGCUGAUAAUAUUCAAUUAUAUCCAGUUAUUGAAUAUCCAAAUCUUACUUCACUUGACAUUGUGUAUGUGGACAAUUAUUAUAUUGAACAAUUUCUACUUGAUACAAAGACAAAUGCACCUCGUCUAACUGACAUCGAAGUAGGUUACAAUCAAUUGAAAGCUGUAACAGUGAAUUUUACGCGAGAUGCAACACGACACAACUGUGCCAAUGUUAAACGACUAAUUUUUGAAAAGAGAUAUUCAGAUUAUCCAAACUAUCCCAAAGAAUUUUCUCUCUAUUUUCCUUCGUUGUAG